CUCACUUCACAAAACGACACACUAUACCAACUUAUCUUCUCAGCGAUAGCUCUCCACCUUUAAAUCGCAACCGUACCAUCUUCAAGCUAUCUCCGAGGACUACAUAACUUUUGAAGGCCGUGUGUAACAUUACCCACUAACAAUGGCGGCCUGCACAGCUACAGCUUCAUCUGCUGUUCUUCUGCCUUCCAAUCCCAAUUUAAAGGCUUACAUUUCCCCCAAAUCCAUUUCCAUCCCCUCUUCAUUCUCAGGACACCGCAAUCCACUCGUUUCCCAUGCCCCUGCCUCCCUCUCCUCUCGCCCUUCUCACUACACACGACGGAGUUUCGCUGUUCGCGCCAGUGAACUGCCACUUGUUGGAAAUCAAUCUCCAGACUUCGAGGCAGAGGCUGUUUUUGACCAGGAAUUUAUCAAGGUUAAACUGUCUGAUUAUAUAGGGAAGAAAUAUGUUAUUCUCUUUUUCUACCCACUGGACUUCACAUUUGUUUGUCCCACUGAAAUCACUGCGUUCAGUGACCGUCAUGAAGAAUUUCAGAAAUUGAACACGGAAAUAUUGGGUGUCUCGAUAGACAGUGUGUUUUCCCACCUCGCAUGGGUCCAAACAGACAGAAAGUCUGGGGGUUUGGGCGAUUUGAAGUAUCCAUUAGUUUCUGAUGUGACCAAAUCAAUUUCUAAGUUAUAUAAUGUGCUGAUCCCAGAUCAGGGAGUUGCACUAAGAGGACUUUUCAUCAUUGACAAGGAAGGAGUUAUACAACACUCCACCAUCAACAAUCUUGCCAUUGGCAGAAGUGUCGACGAAACAUUGAGAACACUCCAGGCAUUGCAAUAUGUUCAGGAGAACCCUGAUGAAGUAUGCCCGGCCGGAUGGAAACCUGGGGAGAAGUCUAUGAAACCAGACCCCAAACUCAGCAAGGAAUACUUUGCUGCAAUAUAAGCUGAAUUGGACCCGUGAGCACUGUGUUAUUUGCCAUUAGGUUGUAGAAGGUUUUGUGUAGCGAAAUUUGUGUUGUCUAUGUUGAGUGACCAUUUUAAUUUCGACAUAUGAAAUGUUUAAUAAAUGCCGAUACCUGGCGAUAUUCUUGCUCUGAUUUCUUGUUCUUACUCUUUUAGUUGCAACUAGAUAAUGUUUCACGAACAUCAUCAAAAGGCAAAAAGCAAUCCAUUUUCUUAAUUCAGAAU